AUGAUUAUACACAACAUCAUUCCUAGGGCUAUUCACGAGCUGAGCCGAGCUUGUUGGUCACAUGUUGGUGUUAUUAAAAACCCAUGUAUAUGGCCAGAAUCAAAGAGUUUUAGUGACCAAGACAUGAAACCCGGUUCACCAUCAUGGGGAGGAGUCUGUCAAGCUGGCAUUUACUAUGACAGAUUCCACUGUAAUAACAAGAUCAUUGGAGCAAGGUACUACUUGAAAGGUUAUGAGAAACACUACGGGCGCCUCAACGAGACGUUGGAAUCCCGUUCGCCACGUGACAUGAUUGGCCAUGGCACUCACACAGCGUCCACAGUGGCCGGCCGCCAAGUUGUGAAUGCUUCUCUAAUAGGGUUAGCAGGUGGCACAGCCACCGGCGGGGCGCCAUUGGCCCGCCUAGCCAUCUAUAAAGUAUGUUGGUUAGUCCCUAACAGAGAGAAUUCCGAGGAGAAUGCUUGUUUUGAGGAAGAUAUACUAGCAGCCAUAGAUGAUGCCAUUGGUGAUAAAGUUGACGUGCUGAGUAUCUCCCUUGGCCUUGGGAGUUCACAACCUCUUCCUAUAGAGAAAGAUCCUAUAGCAAUUGGAGCUUUAAUGGCGGUGAAAAACAAUAUUGUUGUCGCAUGUGCAGCUGGAAAUGCAGGUCCAGCCUGGGAAACAGUGUCCAAUUACCACCCGUGGGUUAUAACAGUUGCUGCUAGCUCCAUCGAUCGUGAUUUUCUUCGGGCUGUUAUUCUGGCAAAUGGCGUCGCAGUUAUAGGACGAACAGCCACUCCUAAUUACGAGCUUGAUGAUCAAAAUAGAACACUAGUAUAUGCAGCAGAUGUGGUUGUUCCCGGAGUUGACAAGAAUUUAGCAGCAAAUUGCCUCCCUGGUUCUCUUGCACCUGAGAAAGUAAAAGGAAAUAUAGUGGUGUGCAUGGUAGGGACUAUAGAAUCGAGAAUUGCGCAGGGGAUGGAAGUGAAGAGAGCGGGAGGUGUAGGUUUAAUUUUAGGAAACCUUCCAGUAAUGGGAGAUAGAGCAGUAUACGACACUCAUGUUCUUCCAGCAACUGAAGUCUCCUCCUCCGAUGUGCUAAAAAUUAUUCAAUACAUCAGGUCUACCAAGAAUCCACAGGCAGUUUUAUUCAAUAAAACAAUGACAAUGUUAUACGGGGUAGCACCCAACGUGACUUCCUUCUCUAGCAGAGGACCUAAUCCCUUUGAUCCUAAUAUUCUCAAGCCUGACAUCGCGGCUCCAGGAUUGAAUAUAUUGGCAGCGUGGAGCGAGGGAACAUCAGUUUCAGGAGAUGUAUUUGAUAACCGUAAUGUCACUUAUAAUUUACAAUCAGGAACUUCUAUGGCUGCCCCUCAUAUUGCUGCUUCAGCCACACUUAUUAAAGCUUUGCAUCCUGAUUGGAGUAGUGCCGCCAUAAGAUCCGCCAUUAUGACCACAGCCUCAAUGAUAAACAACCAAGGCUCGUCAAUAACUGAUGAACAUGGCAAUCUUGCCAGUCCUUUUAUGAUGGGAUGCGGGCAGUUCCGUCCUGUAGAGGCAGCAGACCCUGGUCUUAUAUACGACGCCUCAUAUGAUGACUACCUUCAUUACAUUUGCAACCUCGGCGGAUCCACUGAAGCAAUUGAUCCAUCAUAUAAGUGUCCACAAGAACCAUCGUUCAACCUCAAUUAUCCAUCACUUGCUAUUCGUGGUCUUACAGGCACUGCAGUUGUUAACAGGAGAGUUACUCAUGUUGGCAGUGUUGCCAAUACUGUGUACAACUUCAUUGCGAAACCACCAAAGGGAAUCACUGUAGAUGCCACUCCAAAUGUUUUGCGAUUUCAGCAAGUUGGCCAGAUUUUAAGCUUCACACUUACAAUAAGAGCGGUAGCUGGAAGCGAGUAUCUGAAAUCUAACUAUGGCUUUGGCUCGUACUCUUGGACUAGUGGUAAUCUAAGUGUUGUAAGUCCCAUGGCAAUAUCUUUAAAAUAA